CUUCUGCCGUUGGCCGCCAGGUGGGUGGCUGUUGCCAGAAUGUAGUUUUGUUGGGAGGACAACUGGAGCAUUUGGCAAGCUGUGCUCACUUGUGUAUGUUAGGUGUAGAGUAUGAUUGUGUGUGGAAUUGUUGUAGCGCACCGGAAUCUUUGGCAAGGACGUGAGAAGUGUGUCUACUUGCGCUACGAGGACUGGUCAUGACUAAGUGGUGUUAGGCCUACUGUUUUCAGCUGGUGGUGGUGGUCUCCGUAAUACGCAUAGGGUGCUUCUGCUGCCCUGUGUUUCCAAAGCAAAAAUUGUGGACGUAUUCCUGUUGACAGUCGUUGGGCAAGCACCUCCUGCGCUGUGCUCAGAAUUGCUUCGAAGAUCGCAUGUUAUGAUGGUCAUCUGACUGGAGUGUUCCGCUUUCUGCUAGCGUACCCGAUAGAUAUGGAAAGAGCAAGUCGCGUUAUCCGUCGGAGCGGUGCUCGUCUAAAAGCGCUCAAUGGGGGGCAUGCCGACCUCAACCUCGUCAUAUCCGAGCUGAGGGAUGUCAGGACGGCGAUGAAGUCUUUCUUGACAGCGCAGAACUCAGUCUCACAAGACUUGGUGAUUUGGGCUCAAGCAGACGAAAACAGGGUUAUUCAAGAUGUUAUGUGUCAGCUGGCUGAGUUGAACACUUUCUGGACUGACAUUCAGAAGGACUUUCUGGAGCAACUGAAGGCAUUUAAACACCAGUUUGACCUCAUCUUGGAGGGUGAGAAGCACGUGGAUCAAGCACGCAACCAACUUGCCAUUUGCGAGCAGAAGGAACUGAAGAUUAAGAAAGAGCUGAAGAAGGCGUCAAAGAAGGCUACUGUUGAAGAAAUUAACAACCUCGAGAUGCGGCUUGCGCAAGCUGAGAGGGCCAAAGACCUUGCACAGUAUGAAACAAUAGAGAAGGUUCAAGAAAACGAAGCUGUUAAGUUGAUAAGGCUAAAAGGCGGCUUGCUCAAACUGUCCGAGGCCUACCUGGAGUUGGCCAACAAGUGUGCUAUUAUUUUUGAGUCACAAAGGGACAUUGCAAUGUACAUCCCUGAUGUGCACGAUCGAAGUCUUCAUGAAAUUAAGUACACUGGAUCUGGUGCAACGAAGCAAGCCGUGCAGAGGGCCAAGGACAGGGUCCAGCAGUACCAUGCGUACCAGUAUAGGCUGAUACCACACUGUCCCUCUGUCGAAGAACCACCACCCCCGUACACCCCGGGCUACUACGACCCCACUACGGGCCGUCCCUACCACAACAACCAGGACGACGAAUGGGGUUCCGUGCGGCAGCGUGUUGCUCUGCCUUCCUGUCCCCCAAAUGCAGACAGCCCGGUCCCCCCUUUCCUGCAUCCUCCCACACCCCCUGGUGCUCCCCCGGGCACGGGUGGCUUACCACCUCCCUCGUACCAGAGGCACUCGACUUUCACGAGGAGGGACUCUGCCCCAGCUUGGCCAUCGUGGGACUCGGGUGGAGAGGAAGACGACCGCUUGGCAGCUGCAAUGGGGGGAGUUCGUAUCGGAUGAUGAUUGCUCUUGUGAGAUGGAUAAAGCUACGUUUUCCUCCUUUUUUUUAAAGAAAAAAUUUCUCGAACCGUUCCUUCCAAGUACUGCUUUUACUGUCACGAGGUUGAAGGUGCAGUCGAGCCUUGUUAUACUGAGCGUUAAUCGUGAAUGCCAUAUUUAUUGUGAAUGUAGCAGACGUGAAAGGCUCUUCCGAUUUUGAGCAUGAAAUUUCAGUUGACUCACCGAUGCAUGCAUGCAGAAGAACGGGAACAGAGAAAGGGUGAACAUUCAAUGACAAUCCCCCUUUGCCCUACCACAGGUUUUAUUGGCAGAAACACAGUCCCGGAACAUGCAUACGGCUUAUACGAGUAAUCCCGUAAGAUACCAUUCUGUGUGGCCUGCUGCUUGUUUCCAGGUUGUUAGCCGAAAUGUGCGAAUGCUUCAGACAAUGUGCAAACUUAUCUAUCCGGGCUAUGUUGCGGUGCACGAGGCAUUUGUUACGAAACAAAGGUAACUUUGUGGACGUGAAUGUUGUUACAGGUUUGGUUCAUGCUUUUAUUGGCAGUGUCUGCCGUAACAAGGUUUGACCGUAUAAAUUGCACUAUUGGCCCCCUCAGUCGCGUCCUUACAUGGCAGUGGGUUUUGAAGAGAAUAUGAAAACCAAGUGGUCACAGUGGAUCCGGUGCUGGUUUGAGUCAUACCUGAAACUUUUAGAUUUGCUUUCUCACUAUCAUCACCCUUUUGUCAGCGGUUGAAGAAUGUGUGAUCAUUUUGGCACUAUACUUACAGUGAACAUUUUGACUGGGGAGGAUAGUAAUUCCUGCCCCUUUAUCCAGGAAGGAGCUGCUAAUGACGACCAGUCGAAAUUCAUUCCCGCCCUACUUACACAAGAUUUAGCAGAUAGCGUAGUUCCGAGGUCAGUGUAUGUUCUUUUCUUCGUCACAGCAACUUAGCUGCUCUGAACAGGGUAGCGUGUGGUUACGUGAUAAGAAUAAUUUGCAGGUUUCUCGAUAGGGUUGAAAUUCACGGUAUAAUACUGCAGGCUAAGCGUCCCACCCUGCACUGUGCUCUGUCGAUGACUACACGUGUCACAGUCAAUGCAUGCGGAUGUCUCUGUCGUGUCCAGUCACAUCCACUAUAUACUGCCAUUUCAUUGAAUUUCAUUGGCAUCUUGCCAUCUAAUACCCACUGUUGUAAUCUCGUCACAAUCGGCUUUCUACGACAGGUGCUAGCCAUCAAAGGGUGCACACGUAGCUGCGAGAGCAUAUUUUUGGUUUGAAUAUCUAGCGGCAAUUCGUCAUGCAGUAGUGUCUCGUUUGCAGUACCACCUUUAACACACUUUUUCUUUUUUUCACUUGUGUAGUGGGAACUAACGGCACACGUCGAAUGUUGCAUUUUCAUCGCGCAGGAUUUUGUGUAGCUUUCACGUGUGGCUGUCGUAUAUCAUGGCUCGGUUAGUCAGACUAGACCUGAGUUCAAGGUUGAAGUCCUUCCAAGCCCAGAGUGUUUAUGUGGCAAUAUUUUUUUGUACCUUUGUGAGGAUGCAACCCAAGGUUUUCUCCUGUUUGCCAUUUUGACGAGGAACUUCAGGCUCACUUACAGUCUUCCUUCAAGAUACCUGUGGAGUGAAACGUGCCGACAACAUUGUCGUCUGGUGGCAUGUCUUUUCUUUUUUUUAUGUUGUUGAGUCUUUCCUCGGAUUGUCGGACGAGCUUCCUAGCGUUCACACUUAGUUUCAGUGGCAAACGAUUUGGUGAGAUGUGAAAUGAUAGGCCCUUCAGGGGCAUGCCUUUUUUUUUUUUUUUUUUUUUAUAAUUAUUUGCACGGAUAUUAGAAAGCAGUAUGUAUAGAUAUAUAUAAUCUCAGAGUGAGAGAAAUUGAUAUAUAAUGAUAUCGGAUGCUGCAGUCAUAAGAGCACACACAUGUACAGUUUUUUUUUCUUCUUCUUUAAUUCUGUCUUGCUUGUUCAUAUUUUUCUGGUAUGGUCUCGUGUUUCUGUAGUACCAAAUCUAAGAGGGAAUACCACAGCUGACAUUUAUAUCUUCAAUUCCAUUUUGAUCAGCAUUACAUUUUACAUGACUGCACAACAAACACACUCAAUCAUUACUGGAAAAGAUCGAUGCUCAAAUUCACCGCAGGUGAUUUUUGUUCGUUUGGAACCGUUCAGCUAAAAUUUUCCUGGUGUGUUAGGUCAGGUGUCAAAACGAAAAGGAGUGCUGCUAAAUUGUACCUGUUGUGACAGGGAUGUUUACAAACGUAGAGCUGUGCUGACCUGCGAAGUUGUCUGCCUGUCUUUUGGAGAUAACAUUUGCUGCAGAAAUGUGUGGGGAGAUGUUUACAUUUGUAAUAAAUCGUUGCUAACCAGUAAA